AUGGCGGCUAGAGCUCCGCUGCUCCUCGCGCUGCUGUGCGCGUGCGUCGCCGCCCUCGGCCCGGCCAAUGCGGCGGCGGGGAGGAAGAUGGUCGGCGUGUACGAGCUCAAGGCGGGCGAUUUCUCCGUCAGCGUCACCAACUGGGGCGCCAUCAUCACCUCCGUCGUCCUCCCGGAUUCCAACGGGGAUUUGGCUGACGUCGUGCUUGGCUAUGACACCAUUGGAGGAUACGUGAGUGGUAAAAGCUACUUUGGAGCACUUGUUGGACGAGUAGCCAACAGAAUUGCCAAUGCACGUUUCGUGCUUGAUGGAAAAGUUUAUCAUCUUUUUAAAAACGAUGGCAACAACACACUUCAUGGUGGCCAUAGGGGUUUCAGUCAGGCUAUAUGGACGGUUAAAGAAUUUGUCGGCGGCGGUGCCUCGCCCUACAUCACACUGUACUACCAUAGUUUCGAUGGAGAACAAGGUUUCCCAGGCGACCUGGACGUGUACGUGACGUACCAGCUGGCGUCCCCGUACGUCCUGCGCGUGCACAUGAACGCGACGGCCGUGAACAAGGCGACGCCGGUGAACCUGGCGCAGCACACGUACUGGAACCUGGGCGGGGAGGGCAGCGGCGACGUCCUCCACAACACGGUGCAGCUGUUCGCGUCCCGGUACACGCCCGUGGACAGCGCCCUCAUCCCGACGGGCGUCGUCGCACCCGUGGCCGGCACGCCCUACGACUUCCGCGCCCCGACGCCCGUGGGCUCGCGCAUCCGCCAGGUCUCCGGCGGCAAGGCCGGCGUCUACGGCUACGACACCAACUACGCCGUGGACGGGGAGGACGGGGCGCUGCGGAAGGUGGCCGUCGUCCGGGACGGCGCGUCGGGGCGGGCGAUGGAGCUGUGGGCGAACCAGCCUGGGGUGCAGUUCUACACGGGCAACUUCCUCCUGGACGUCGUGGGGAAGGGCGGCAAGGUGUACGGGCAGUACGGCGCGCUGUGCCUGGAGACGCAGGGGUUCCCGGACGCCGUGAACCACCCGGACUUUCCCUCCCAGAUCGUCAGGCCGGGGCAGGUGUACAAGCACGAUAUGGUGUUCAAGUUCUCCUUCUAG